UUUUUGAUAAAGAUAUUUCGAGGGCGGAGCGGAUGGCGCUACUUCUCGCGGUACAACCUCUUCCGGUCCUCUUUCCAGCUUCCCGUGCAACAUGACCAAGAAAAGGAGGAAUAACGGUCGUGCCAAGAAGGGCCGUGGGCACGUGCAGCCCAUCCGCUGCACCAACUGCGCCCGUUGCGUCCCCAAGGACAAGGCCAUCAAGAAGUUUGUCAUCAGGAACAUAGUGGAGGCGGCGGCCGUGAGAGACAUCUCCGAGGCCAGUGUCUUUGACUCUUACGUCCUGCCCAAGCUCUAUGUGAAGCUGCACUACUGUGUCAGCUGUGCCAUCCACAGUAAGGUGGUGAGGAACCGCUCCUGUGAGGCCAGGAAAGACCGCACCCCACCACCCCGAUUCAGGCCAGCUGCCGGUGCACCAAGAGCUCCUCCAAAGCCCAUGUAAAGCAGAAUUUGAAGAUGCUGUACACCUGAAGAAUAAACUGAAAAAAUCUUUACAAAAA